AUGUCAACCUCAGCACCAACCGCAGAUACACCUUCCUAUGUCACGGCCGACUUCUCCUUGGUCCCGAUUGGAUCUUCGGCUUCAUCCUUUGCCCAUGAAAUUGCAGGUGUACAGCGGCUUGUGCGGGAGUCAGGAUUGAAGAAUGAGAUGCAUGCCACUGGAACACAGGGACCAUGGGACCUUGUUAUGCGACUAAUCGGAACCGCGCAUACUUGUGUGCAUCACAGCGGUAUACCGAGGAUUCAAACUGAUGUUCGAAUGCUGACAAGGUAUGGCCUGAUGAAAUUCCAGUCACGAGACAAGAUCAACUGA